AUGUCGCAACACUCUCCAUCAUCCUACAAUGUGGGCUAUCCACCGCCCCAGCAAACCGCCGGACGCAAGCGCAGCCACCCAGACGACUUGCCGCACGAUCUUACCCCAACCUUAGAGCAACAGCUCAACCCGUACGCACAAGCAACGGGAAGCGUCUCACUACAGCACGCGACUCAGAGUUAUUCUAUUCAACAGUAUCCGCCGCCGCCACCGCCCGCUCCUCACUCCACUCUUCCUCCAACUCACCAUCACCAUCUACCAAGCACUCAUCGCAGUAAACGACACCACGCAAUGGAGGGCGCACCUCCCUCACCAUCUCAUCACCAUGGCCCUCCUAGCGUCGUAGGCCAAGAAGGAAUGCCGGCACCUGCACAACGACCCCGCGGCCCCAAACUUAAGUUCACCCCCGAAGACGACCAGUUACUCGUCGAUCUCAAGGAAAAGAAGAAUCUCACUUGGAAGCAAAUCGCAGACUUCUUUCCUGGCCGUAGCUCGGGUACUCUCCAGGUUCGCUACUGCACCAAGCUCAAAGCAAAGACGACGGUUUGGACGUCCGAGAUGGUUGACAAGCUUCGCAAUGCUAUGCAAGAGUACGAGAAUGACCGAUGGCGCAUCGUCUCGUCAAAGGUCGGUAGCGGGUUCUCGCCAAACGCGUGUAGAGACAAGGCCGAAGAGCUCCAGGCUAUGGAGCUUGCUCAACAAGAGGCACAAGAGGACGAACAUUCACAACUUCAACAACAGCAACAGCAGCAGCAGCAGCAACAACAACAACAGCAACCACAACCACCGCGCACAUACACCCCGUCGCAAAUGGGAACCGGCCCGAGUGAACCAGACGCAAGAUACCAUUGA